AUUAUAGUGAUAAAAUAAACUAUAGUGGUGUUUGAAUAAUUUAAUUACUGAUCAAAAUUUUAAUGGAUAAUCAAUUAGCUUAGAGUUCGUUUUUAUUGUUUGAUUUUACUCUUUUUUUGUUUUUUGAUUUUUAUUCCUCGCUAAGAUGGUCCAAGAAUACCAAUCGCCGGUCCGAGUUUACAAGUACCCAUUUGAAAUCGUAAUGGCUGCUUAUGAAAGACGAUUUCCGACAUCUCCGUUAAUACCGGUCUUCGUUGGAAGUGAAGUAACUGCCGACACUACAACAAAUGAUGGUUCAAUUAGAACAACUGAAAGAAGGUGUAAACUUGUUGUGGAAGCUCCAUAUUUAUUAAAAAAGAUUAUCGGAGUAGAUUAUGUAUAUUUUAUUCAAAAAAAUGUACUAGAUUUGAGGGAACGUUGUUUAAAUAUUGAAGCAACAAAUGAGACAUUUUCAACUCGUGUAAAUGUAUUAGAAAAAUGUCGCUACUAUGUUCAUCCAGAAAAUUCAGAAUGGACAUGUUAUGAACAGAGUGCAUUAUUAGAUAUAAAAUAUUUUUUGGGUUUUGAGUCAACCAUGGAAAAACUUGGUAUGAAGCAAUACAUUCAGAAUAUUUCCAAAGGUAAAGAAAUAAUAGAAUUUUAUGUUGACGAAUUAAAAAAAGAUGGAAUAAUUAGUAUUCCUCGUUGGAUACCUUCUGGAGGCGAUCAAUCUUGUGACUUGAAUAACCCAGAAGAAAGUCCAAUUGGUCCUAGCAAAGAUAGUCCAACUACUGCAGAUUCUCAGUCAAAAAUAUGGUUAGAAGAUGAGUAUAUUAAAAGAUACAUUGGAGAAUUAACACCAUUACAAGAAUCAAAAUUAGUACAAUUUAAGAAACAAUUGUCUCAACUACAAAAAUCUAAGUUACCAAGUGAUACUACAUUAUUGCGGUUUUUGCGUGCCACCGAUUUCAACAUUGAAAAAGCUAGAGAAAAUUUAUCUCAAUCACUUAUUUGGCGAAAAAAACAUAACAUUGACAAUAUAUUGUCAGAGCAUGAGUUUCCUGAAGCAAUUAAAAAAUAUUUUCCUUGUGGUUGGCAUCGCCAUGACAAAGAAGGACGUCCUUUGUAUAUAUUACGUUUAGGUCAAAUGGAUGUGAAAGGUCUUCUUAAAUCAGUUGGUGAAGAUUGUCUUCUUAAACAAGCUAUGCAUGUAUGUGAAGAAGGUUUAAAACUAACAAAAGAAGCUACUCAUACAUCUGGCAAACCAAUAACAACUUGGGGUUUAUUGGUUGAUUUAGAAGGACUUAAUAUGAGGCAUUUAUGGAGACCUGGUGUGGGUGCAUUGCUUAGAAUUAUUGAAAUCGUUGAAUCUAAUUAUCCAGAGACGCUUGGUCAAGUACUUAUAAUUCGUGCACCUAGAGUAUUUCCAGUCUUGUGGACAUUAGUGAGCACAUUUAUCAAUGAGACAACACGUCAAAAGUUCCUAUUUUAUGGAGGUAAUGAUUAUCAAUCGUCUGGUGGUCUUACUGAAUUUCUUACCGAAGAUGAUGUACCUGAUUUCCUCGGAGGUCCUUGUAAAGUUAAAAUUCCUGAAGGUGGUUUUGUGCCCAAAAAUUUAUAUUUAAAAGAAGGAGAGUUAGAAAAAGAAGCAUGUACAAUUACUGAAGAUAGUAUUUAUCAAUCUGUUACGCUCACUAAAGGACAGGCUCAUGAAGUUUUUAUUGAUGUUGAGGAAUCUAGUUCAGUAAUAACAUGGGAUUUUGAUGUAAUGAGACAAGACAUUAAUUUUAAUGUAUUAAGAUUAUUAAUUGAAAUUCAGCCAUCAACUCUUCUCAGUUGUGCCAGAGGUAAUCUAAAUGUUAUAGAAAAAGGCUGGAAAGAAGGAGAACAUUAUGAAAAAGUGGAACAGACUAUAUUAUGUCAUGAUGGUGAGAGUGUUCAAGGAUCUCAUCUUACCACUAAACGUGGAACAUAUGUAUUACAAUGGUACUGGUCGCCAGAUAGCUUAAUAAUUAGCUCAGGGCAUCAUACUAAAGCCAAAAUUAUGUAUUAUUAUGAAAUGUUAAAAUCUGCUGAUUAUCGGGGCUCAAUGUCAAGUUUGAUGUCAGCCAAUAGUAAAUUUUCUUGUCUUAGUAACAGAUAAUUAACUUAUCGUGUAUUUUGUUUAACAUACGGUUUUAAUCAUUAUGCCUAUAUUAAGGACCAUACUUUUUUUUAAAAAAAGGAGAUGCAUUGAAUAAUAUGUUUGGUAUGUAAAAGAUGAAUGAAAAUCCUUUUAUUGUUGUGUUAAUUAUUUUAAUUUUAAGUUAUAUUCUUUAUUCUUUUACCAAGUUAUUAUGAAUUCAUAAAUUCAAUUUUUAACCUAUAAAUAGUUGAAGUCAAAAUUAUAAAUCUUUAGUUUAGAAAGCUUAGAAGUAUUCAAACAACUAAAUAAAUAAUUUUAAUUAUAAAUAUAAUUAUCCAUAACACAUAAUAUUUAUUGGAUUUAUUAAAAGAAAUAUUUGUCUUUUUUAAGCAUGGUCCUUUUGAUUUUUUAAUUUCCUAUUAUAAUCUCUAUAUUAAUAUUUAAUUGUAUAAGUAUUUGUUAAUUCAUCACAUAGUAUGUAUUAAGUUUAGAUUUUGUUAUAUUUUAGAAGUUUUUUUUUUUUUUGUAAUGUAAUGAUCUGAUGAUUGUUUGAACCUUUAGUGUAAACUAUCUAUGUUUCCUAGUAUAUCAACUUAUUUUCAGUUGACAGUUUUAGUUGAAUUAUUAUCUUCUAUUUUAAUUAUUAUUUAUUAAUUUAUUAUUAUUAUCGUUUUAUAUCUGUGAUCAAAACAUGUUUUAUCUGUUUCAAUUAUAUAAAAAUAAUAUAUUAUUUAGGUUAUUUAA